AACAAUGUGAAUGAAAUCAGUUUAUUUUUCAUAGAUUUUCGACAAUGAAAACAAUAUCUCUUUUGGCGAAUACAACAACAACAACUAUGACUAUUCCUACUACAGAUUUAACGACAAUCACUGCCAUGAUAAUAAUGGCCACUUCACAACAACAACAACAACAACAACAACAACAACAGCUCUACAAUGAACAGCAAGUUUAUGAUCCAUAUCCGGAUUUAACACAAAUUUUCAUCGUUCGAUUUAUAUUCAUAUUUUGUUAUGCUGUAAUAAUGAUUAGUGCUGCAUUAGGAAAUUUAUUAAUCACUUAUAUUGUCAUUUCAAAUCGUAAAAUGCGUACAACUGUCAAUUAUUAUAUUGUUAAUUUAGCCUGUUGUGACAUCUUAAUUAGUGUUUUUGUUUUACCAACAAAAAUGUUUGAAUUACUUGCACCGGCUGAAUGGUUAGCAUUGAAUGAUACAUGGUGUACAAUAAUGUCAUUUUUACAAUCGGUAAUGGUAUUUGCUAGCCUGCUUACAUUGGUUGCAACAUGUUUUGAAAGGUAUUUUGCUAUUGUACAUCCAUUAAAAAGUCGUAUGCAACAAAGUAAACGUCGUACAUGUCGUAUAUUAUUAGCCGUUUGGCUUUUGUCUUCCUUUGCUUCAUUGCCUAAUAUUCUAAAUGGUUCAAUGGCUGUGAUCAAUAUAUUAAAAAGUGAAUAUGGAACCAUUGCACGAUUGACAUGCAUGUCAACAUUUGAUGAUGAAUUUCGUUUAAUAUAUUUUACCAUAUUGUUCAUCUGUCUUUAUCUUAUUCCAUUGGCAUUGAUUGCAUUUACCUGUUUUUGUAUUGCUCGUGCCUUGCUACGUACAUCUAUAUUACAUCGACAAGGUAGUCUAUUGAGACAAGAAGUUAAUCGUAGAAAAGUAGGCAAAAUGAUUCUAGUUGUUGUCGUUUCAUUUACUAUUGCUUGGACACCAUAUUUUCUGAUCAGUGUAAUCACUCAAUAUCAAAAGGAAAAUUAUUUCGAUAAACAUGAUUAUUAUUUCACAAUGUUGAGUAUAAAUCUAUUUGGUUUUCUUCAUUCAUCAAUUAAUCCAGUGAUUUAUCUGACAAUGAGUGCUCGAUUUCAAAAAGGUUUUAUGCGUCUUUUAAGGAUAGUUAUGUGUUGUCAAAAAUCAACAGAAAAUGCUGGCCAUACUUCAAUACCUGAUCCAGGUACUAGUUCACGUUAUAGUCCAAAUGGAAAUAUCAACAAUAUGCCAUAAUUUGAUUGGGCAACAUUUACUAUAUCGAUUCGAUUAUCAUUCAUUCUGGUUGAAUGGUGGGAAAAAAACUUUUUACUGGAAUAAUAUUUUGACAGAAAAAAAAACUUAAUUACGAAAUAUUGCGAAAGAAUUUAAAAUGGAAAUCAACAUUU